AUGAGCCCGUUGGGGCUGCUGGUUGCAACACUCUGGCUGGUGCUGCUCGUCCCAGGACAAACAUCUCCCUUGGACAUAUGCUUUCGAAAUGUCGUAGCAACUCUAGCUACUGGUUUGCAAGUCCAUAACAGGUGCAAUAAAGUAAAUGCGGCCACCAAUAGUUCGAACUCCCUGCCUUGGAACGAGACCGAAGUGUUCCUGAACCUCGUCGGCCAAUGCUUCAUGGAGGAAAGGAGGAACAUCACACUGAUGGCGCCCAACAUGUCCUUCACGUCGUACGUGGCAACCAUGAACAGUACGGUUGCCGUACUUUCUCAGAGGCUGGUUGACGGCUCCGAUCUAGAGGCACAUUCCCUCGACUUCAUGACCGUCCCUAUGGCAGCCUGGGGCCGCACCCUGUCACUGAUAGGCGGCGUAGCACCCACCAUUCUCGGCAUGAGCAGCGACACCAGCCCGCCAGGAGAAGUUGACGGAUGGAUGGUCGAUCCCAUCGCACUGGCGGAUCUGUACGACUCAGGUCAAACGUUGGAUCUCAGCGGCCUGAUUCAGGAGAUGCCGUACAGGCAGCAGCUGGAAUGGUUUGGCAUCCACCGGCUGUUCCGGGGCAAUGUGGUGGUGGACGAGGGCACGGUGGCCUCCAUCCCGCUGGGGGGUCUGGUGUACCAGAUGUACUACAGGCGUGACGUACUCCAGAAGCGCGGACUGUCACCACCCGUGACCUGGGACGACUUUUUGCUGGUAGCUGCAGCUGUGAACGGCACUGACAUGAACGGUGAUGGACACCCGGACUACGGCGUGUGCCUGCAGCGCCCCAGAUAUUGCUUCAACGGCUUUAGCCUUGCCGCCAUCUGGUCAUCCUUCAUUCAGAGCGAGGGCACCCAUCAGGGCGCCUUCUUCGACCCCGACAGCCUGCAACCCCUGGUCAACAACAGCGCCAUGCGGCGAGCCAUGGAAAUCUUUGCGGAUCUGCGCGCCUUCGGGCCCCCCGACGAGACCACCGCGCCGUGCCUGCCCUAUAACGCCCGCUUCGUGCGCGGCGAGUGCGCUUUGACCCUGAGCUGGGGCUACCAGCUGAAGGCCAAUCUGUUCCUGGACGGGUCUCGUGUGCGCGACAACGUUGGCGUGGCGCUGUUACCGGGGAGCAGCGAGGUUCUCAACCGUAUGACCGGCGAGCUAGUUAACUGCACCUCACGGACAGUGUGCCCCUUCGCGGAGGAGCUUGUAACCGCCAGCAACGCAGUCGCCGUACAGCUCGUCAACCGUGCGCCGUACCUUGCCGUAUCCACUGCGUCCGCUGGCAUCUCUGCCAAAGCGAAUGUCUGGCACCAAACAGCGCUCCUUAACUUUUUCUCUUACCUUGCCUCGCGGAAUGUGUCUUGGGAACUCGUUACCAGCCGCUACACGGAACUGGCUCCGUACAGGUACGAGCAUUUUGAUCCGUCGUACGUGGGCGAGUGGGUACGGCGGGGUUAUCCCGAGCCCAUCAUUCGGGAGUUCCUGGAUGUCAUGAAGCGUCAGCUGGAUUCCAGCAACGUGAUGGUGGAGGUGCGCACCGUGCAAGCCUACGCCUACCGGCGCCUGCUGGACGUGUACGCGACUCACCUAAGCAACCAGGAGAUGACUGUCACGACCGCCAUGACCAAGCUGGCUGAGGAACUGUACGGAGUGUACGGCCCGCACAACCCGCGGUUCGACACCAUCCGGCGGCUGUACCGCUACAGCAUCGGCCUUAGCGACUUCCACUCAACAAGCAGCUCGGACGCGGGCACUCAGGGCACCGGCAACCAGGCCGUCGUGUAUUUUGCGGUGGUGAUUCCCGUGGUUGUGGUCGUUCUUCUUGCCGCCGCGGUGGCGGCGGCGGCCGCUGUGUACUACACUGUACUGCGGCGCCGGCGGCGGCUGCAGCACCGGCGGCGUCACGGUCCGACGGAACACCCGGGACUGGGCGAUGACACUACGCUCGUGGUGUCAGAUGUGGAGGGCAGCACGGUGCUGUGGGAGGCAAUCCCGCCCGGGGUGAUGGACGUCGUGUUCAAUCUGCACCACGAUUGCAUGCGCCGUACAGCUGUACGAUUCGGCGGUUACGAAUCUCAGACGGAGGGCGAUUCUUUCAUCAUCGCCUUCUUCUCCGCCAACGAUGCCGUACAGUUUGCUCUUGCCGUACAACAGGCCCUUCUGGACGAGCCGUGGCCGCGUGAGCUGUUGGCGCAUGAAAAGUGCCGGCCGCUGUGGCUGGCGCGGUCCGGCGUUGACGUGCCCUUGGAUCUCCCUCUAGAGCCAGCGGCGGCGCAGCAGCAUCGCAACAGCAUGCCGUACAGCACCAACGAAGGAAGCCGUCACGGCGCGCUGCAGCCCGGAACGCAGCAGGGCAGCUUCGCUUCCACUGCCGCCCAUGGUGGCGGCGGAACUGGCGGCCUGGCGGGAUUCUCGGCGCCGACGUGCGAUGGCGGCAACGGCGCCGCCGCCGCCGCCGCCGCCGCCGCGGCGGCGGAGCCGGAGGUUGCGGCGUCUGAGCCCGUUGCAGUACAGUCAAAAUUCAAUAAAUUGCUGGCUACUAGGUGGGGCUCACGGCGGCGAGUGUACUGCACCAAUGGGGGCAGCGGCGGCGGCGCCGUCGCCGCCGUGACGCAUACAGCGAGCACCGACCCGGGAAGCACCUCCAGGAUUGCUAGUGGCGGGAACGGCGAAGGACUGUUCGCGCAUUUGCGGCGGUCUGCGAGCGGCGGACCGGGCGCGACGGCGGCGGCUUCGUCCCCGGUGCCGCCGACGGCAAUGAUGAGUGCCGUGGCCGCAGCGGCAGCAGUCGCCCCGCCGCCGCCGCCGCCGCUGCUGCCUUUACGCAUCGAGACUGUCGGCGAAGCGUUGCGAGCCUUAUGGCGCGAGGUUCCCGCCCACAUCGCCGACCCAGCGCUCAGCGGCACUAGCGGCAUGCACACAGGUGUACGACACCGGUCUGAUCUGGUGUACAGCGACGUCGCGAAGCGGAUGAAGUACAGCGGUGAAGUGCUGGCGGCCGCCAAGGCCAUCAGCGACGCCGCCAAUGGCGGCGACGUGCUCAUCGGUACGGCAACCCUCGACCGUCUUGAUCCUGACGUGCUGACUAAGCGCUGCCGCCUGCUGUACACCGGCCGCCACGUGCUUCACGGCGGCGACGCCGACGCCGCGGCGGCAGCGCCGCCAACGUUGACGCACCCGCCGCCGCCGCCACAACCUGGCGCAGUCGCGGACUUGUAUGCGCUGUACAGCCCGCGGCUCUUUCCGCGAGUUUGGCAUUACCGUCCGCCGCGUACGCAGCUAUCGUUGGGGCUGUCCGUUAUGGAGGCGCCGCUUGGACGAGUGUCGUACGGGCUGUUGGUUUGCCACGGCCUGUGUAAUAUGGCGGCGGCGGGCCACGAUACGGCCGUGGUUUCGGAGGCACACACCGCAUUGACGGCCGUCAGCGAAGACCAGCUGCGCGCUUGUCAUGGGGUGCCGGCGGCGCCGCCGUCUGCGGUUGGCGGCGCCGGCGCCGUCGUCGGUGCUUUUCGCAACCCAUACCACGCUAUUCUUUGGGCCUUACAGGCGCAGGAGGACUUGCUGCGGUUUCCUUGGAGCCGGGAGCUUCUGGCGCAUGAGCAAUUUGAGGCAAUUGUCGUACCGGCGGCGGCGGCUAAGGCCCUUAUUGGCGGCAGCGGCGAAGGUGGCGGCGGCGGGGCCGAAGGGCUAACGGAUGUACGGUCCUCGCACGCGAUGACGGCGGCGGGGCCGACGCCCUCGCAUGCAGCAGCACAGGCGGCGGCGGCGGCAGCGGCGCCGUUUGCCCAGCGGCGGGGUCACGGACCUGGCUCCCUGCCGCCACCCUCGUCUGUGGAGGAUGCAGACUUUGGAUGUACGGCAUCUGGACAGGGAUCAACGAAAUUAAGCAUGGCUUCUGGAAGCUUGACUGGCGGUGGCGGCGGCUUCGUAGCCGUGAUGGAGGCUGCAACGGAAGCUGCGGCGGCGGCGGCGGCGGUUGCAGUGUCUCCGGCGCCGCCAGCCCCGCAGGUCAGUAGCGCUCGGAGGACCUUCCGGAAUCUUGUCGUGAAAGGCCAUAGCGGGAAUUCACCCUCGGCGGGCUGCAAUAGUAGCCCAGCCGGCGGUGCCACCAGCAGCGGAAUGGGACCCGGCGGCGGCGGCGGCGGUGGCGGCUGGGCCGUUGGAUGGAAUGGCAGUGGGGCAUCGACGCGGCUGCGUCAAAGCGCGCCGAGCCAUAUGCCGCCGCCGCUGCAGCGUCAGGCCACUCCGGCAGUGUCCUCAUUGGCGAUGGCGGCGGCGGCAAAUGCCGCCAGGUCGGAGACGGGUGCCACGUCGGCACCGCUCGGUAUGGUCAAUUACGGCUCUACUUUGUCCACCAUGCCGUACGACGUUAGUUAUGCGGUGUCGACGACUGAUGGCGAACCUGACUACAGAAAUGCCAUGACGUGGACGUCGGGCGUUUGCUUUUCGCGCGCGCAUACGCAUACACCGCCGUCGCCGCCGCCGCCAACUCGCACCGCGACGACACCUCCGCCCAGUCCAUUCCCUGCACGGCCGCCAGGAAAGCACGUGGGCACUACGACUACCUGGGCAAUAUCGGAGGAGAGUGAUGCGCAACGGUCGCAACCGGCGGCGGCGGCGGCCGCGGCCGCCUUGUCGGCUACCGCUGCCACAGCUCCUCCCCCGGCGGCGGCGUCGGUGGCGGCAGCAGCUGCCGCCAGUGGCGCUGAGGGCGAUAUGGUGUUGUACCGCGGUCCGCGGAUCAAAGCCGCCAUCAGCUUCGGGCCGUUAAAGGCUUCUCUGGAUCCAUUGACUGGCCGCGUCCGCUACGAGGGCAAAGCGGCGUCGUACGCUGCCAAGAUGGUGUCGUACGCUUCGGUUGGCAUGGUGGUUGCAUCGGUUGAGGCCGUGGAAGCGGGGCACGCCGAGGAGAGCGAAGGUUGUGGUGCUGCUGGUGGUGAAUUCCCCCGUGAGCACCGCCAAACCAGCACAGGGUGCGACAUCAGGGGCACGCCACCCGUCGACACCACCGCCACCGACGGCGAUCCGUGUAGUACGACAUUGCGCCCGUCGGCAACGCUGACGGCGGUGGGCCGCCAGGAGUCAGGUCACGAGGACCCGGAGGGUCCUUCCGCCGCAAUGGCGGCGGCGGCGGCUGCCGCCGCGGCGGCGCUUCUGAACCUCGCGCCGGGGGCCGACGGCGACGGCGGUGGCGCCGUACUGCAUCGCAGCAGCAGCUUAUUGGACACUGUUUUUCUAACGGACCCGUCGAUCCAGCCGGGCGCCGGUGGCGGCGGCGGCGUGGGGCAUGGGGGACCGUGCUCGGCGGGUACGACGACGGAAGCGGGAUCCGUCUGGACUGGUGGGCGAUCCAGCGUGCUGCUACAGCCGCCGCCGGGGCUGAACGGCUGUAGUGAUUCCUCGUUGCCGCCGAUGGCGGCGGUCAUGUGGCGACGGUCUUUGCCGGGCACGGCGGUGGCCGUGGGAACGGUGACUUUCGCCGCCGCCGCCGCCGCCGCCGGCGUCAGCAUGUCAGAGGAUGACCCAGCGGAUGCGGUAACUGAAUGUACGGAUGGCUCCCGGCGGCAGGCACCUCCGCCGCCGCCACCGCCGCCGCUGCCGAUCUACGCGGAGCCGACGCUGCUGCUGAGACGGCUUGAGACGCUAGGGGACAUGGACGGCGGAGCGGCGGAAGCGGCGACGGAGGAGGAGCCCGACGGAGGCCGAGAGGACGAAGACCAGAAGGAGGGGGAGGAGGAGGCAGACGUGGCGCUAAAGCUGCCCCCGCAAAAGCAGCUGGCAGUAGCAGUAACGGCGGGGGCGCCGCAACACGCAAACGAUCCUCCACCUAGCGUUCAUGACUCGGAGGCAACACGAGGCUUCGCUGCGGUGCGCCGUGUCCGGGAAUCGGAGCUAUGGCGGCAACUGAGCGGGGAUGCAGUUGCCGGUGGCGGCGGCGGCGGCGGCGGCAGAACAGAGAAUUCUGGGGCGGGUGUCGCCCGCGCUGCCAACGAUAUCGACGACGGCGGUGGUGUGGCAGUAGCAGCUGUAACGGAGGGGCACGGCUCGGCCUCUCCGCUCCGGAACCAGGAUCCUGUGAGCCGCCGCUUCCCGGACUUACACACGGGCGGUGGGAGCGGAUUCCCAGCAGCCUGCCCGACGGAGUCCGCGUUCGGUGGUGCUGCAGGUCGGAGCCGCGCCGGCGGCGGUGCGAAUGCUGAUGCCUUUGUCGUCAUGGCCGUCAAAGCGCCGCCGCUAACGCGUAUCCAGGCCAGCAGCGCCGCCGCCGCCGCCGCCGCCGCCGCCGCGCCCUCAUUUGCGUCAUCUGGCUUCGCCGCUGGUCGCGCUUCUUCGUUGCGCCAUGGCGACGGCCGGACGGCGGAGGCGGAGGCAGUCAUCGCCGCCGGUCUCUCGUCGUCCCUCCGCUACGUGCAAGUUCCCAGCCUUCAUCCCAUCACCACCCCACACAACCAAUUCCACAAGCACCAGCACCAGCACCAGCACCAGCACCAGCACCAGCACCAGCACCAGCACCAGCACCAGCACCAGCACCAGCACCAGCACCAGCACCAGCACCAGCACCAGCACCAGCACCAGCACCAGCACCAGCACCAGCACCAGCACCAGCACCAGCACCAGCACCAGCACCAGCACCAGCACCAGCAAUUUGUCAGAGCCGUCGACGCGGCGCCGCUGACGGCGCCGCUACCCACGACAGUCGCUAUCGGCGCCACCGGGCCCCCCGCCAACAACAACAGCAAGAGCAGUCCGGACCUGGAGCUCAGUCCAGCCGGCGGCGGCGGCGGCGGCGCUGCCGGAGGCAGCCCGGGCACAGCGCCGCCACGCUUCCCGGUGCUUAUCAACGCGCCCGCCAACGUCGCCGCUGCUGGCGCUGCCGCCGUCGCUGCCGUACCGCAGCCGGUUCAACAACUGAACCAUCUGAGCUCCUGGCGGAGGUCUACGAGCAGUUCCUUUGCCUCGGGAGCGAGAGGAGGAGCGGCUGCCGGCGGCGGCGGCGGCAGAAGCUCGCUAUUGGGCACGUCGUCCCGUCGUUAUACUCAGGGAGUUCCACCUGGCGGCGUCGGCGUCGGCGGCGGCGUCGGCGGCAGCAGCUACGACGGCGGGGCUGCUGCAUCACUCCUCAGCUCCCAAGCACACUCGCGCUGCGAGGAUCACCCCUCUGCCGUACACAUCAGUGUCGACGGCGGCGGCAGCGGGUUUGCUGGUGGUAGCGGCGGCGGCGGUGGCGGCGGCAGCAGCCAGAUGGUGUCUGGCGGCAGCGGCGGACCGUACUUUCCACAACUCGAUAAUGGGGGCUACCGCGGCAUUGCCGCCGCCGCAGCAGCGCUGGCGGCGGCUGACGCUGCCGCUGGCGGCGGCGGCUACUGCGCGCCUUGGCUGGCGGCUACGGAGGUGCCGCCGCCGAGGUCGCAGGCUCUUACUGCGGUGGGGCUCGAUGAGGUGUCCAUGAUGCCCGUGGCGCUGAAGAAGCGCGGCCACUCGCAGCCCUUGGUGUUGUACCUGUGCAGGUUUUCUAGCAGCGCUCGGACGUUCGAGAUGCAGCAGCGGCUGAUGAAGCUGGGGCACGGCGAUCCAACUGCCGCCGCGGCCGUCGUCGCGUCGGCCGCUGCGGCUGCCGCCGCGGCCCUUGAAGAAGCUGGCGCUGCUGCGGCCGCCGCCGCCGCCGCCGUUGUGGCAUCGGACUACCAACCGGGCGCCGGCAGCUGUACGGAGCCGCAGACGACGGCAGGCGGCGCGACGGCGGCGGCCCCCCGGGACACCGCCCCGGGAUCGGAAGCGAGUUUGGCGCAGCUCGCCUCCGGGGCUGCGGCGGGGCACGUCACCGGUACGGAUUUAGCUGCCGCUGCCGCGGCCGGCGGUAGCGGAGGCACAUCGUUCUUGUCGGAACGACUCGACAAGACGUUAAAGAGCUCCGUCGUUAGCAUCUUGGGCGUGUCCCGCUUCGGCGGCGACGUGUCAGCGGCGUUGUCGCCGCCGCCGCCGCCGCCGCCGCCACGGCUGCGAGCAGGUAUGCUGGGUACGGCAGCCGCACGGCGGUCCAGCUUGACCGGCUUGCAUUCGACUCCCCCCGCGGCUCCGCCGCCGCUGCUGGCUCGUCGGAGCCUCGGCGGCAUGCUACAGAACGAUCCAACAUUCGCCGCCAUCAAUGCCGUACCUCACGCAGCCCAGCGGGGGAUUUUUGGAACGUACGGCCGCGCCGUGUCAUGCGCGGGGGCUGCGCCAAGUCCCGUGGGGCUUGGAAGCGGCGGCCUCCGUAGCACUGGCGGCGGGGGCGGCACCGGCGGCUUCAUGAGGCGCUUUCGCCGUACGAGCUUUGAUGUGGUGCCGCAGAAGCGUCGCUCAGAACGUACGGCAACGGCGGCUGCAGCGGCGGCGGCUGGAAUGCUUGGCACGUACGGCAUUGCACAGCCGAUGGGAGAGGUCAGGACUAUGAGCGUGAAGAGGGUUCAGAGGGGAACCACCAGCGGCCCCAUCAUCACCCUCACGCUAGUAGGCGGCGGCGGCGUCUCGCUGGCGGCGGCUCCGCCGCUGAUGGCAACGGCGACGGCGUCCGCGACCCUUCCCACUUUCCACGUACAUCACGUUUACGGCGCCGCCUCCUCCUCUCCCGGCAUCGCCGUCGGGGGCAGCGCCGGCGGCGGCGGCGGCGGCGGCGUGUCACCGUAUGAUGUGGCCAGUUUGGUGUACGGUGCACCUCAACAGCAGCAUCAGCAGCCGUAUCGUACCGCGCACGGCGCCACGGGGUCGCUGCUAUCCGUGGGCGCGGCGGCUGCAGCGGCGGCGGCGGCGGCUGCCGGCGGCGGCGGCGGCGGGAUGAUGAUGCAGCGGCCUCUGUACCGCUCGACAGCGGCGGCCGCCGCCAUCGGCGCCGUCAACCACGGCGGUAGCUCCGACGACUCUCCUCGUGCAGUAGCUGCGCCCGGUACGGCAUCCGACAGGCAAACCUGGCACUCCCGGAGAAUGUCUGGAUCUACAGGAAUCACACACGGGCUGUUCUAA